UGCUGUGCUUUUCUUGGCAGAACGCAGAGCCUGAGCCUCGGAGCCUGUCCCUGGGCGGCCAUGUGGGGUUUGACAGCCUCCCUGACCAGCUGGUCAGCAAGUCAGUCACACAGGGCUUCAGCUUCAACAUUCUUUGUGUGGGGGAGACUGGGAUCGGCAAGUCCACACUAAUGAAUACACUCUUCAACACGACCUUUGAGACUGAGGAAGCUAGUCAUCAUGAGGAGAGUGUACGCCUGCGGCCUCAGACCUAUGACCUCCAAGAGAGUAAUGUUCAUCUCAAACUGACCAUCGUGGAUGCUGUGGGCUUUGGGGAUCAGAUCAAUAAGGAUGACAGUUACAGGCCCAUAGUUGACUACAUCGACGCACAGUUUGAAAACUAUCUACAGGAGGAGUUGAAGAUCCGCCGUUCACUCUUUGACUACCAUGACACGAGGAUCCAUGUUUGUCUCUACUUUAUCACUCCCACGGGGCACUCCCUGAAGUCCCUGGACCUGGUAACCAUGAAGAAACUAGAUAGCAAGGUGAACAUAAUUCCCAUCAUUGCCAAGGCUGACACCAUCUCCAAGAGCGAACUCCACAAGUUCAAGAUCAAGAUCAUGGGUGAGCUGGUCAGCAAUGGAGUGCAGAUCUACCAGUUUCCCACGGACGAUGAGGCUGUUGCAGAGAUCAAUGCAGUCAUGAAUGCACACCUGCCUUUUGCUGUGGUGGGCAGCACAGAGGAGGUGAAGGUGGGCAACAAGCUGGUUCGAGCACGACAGUACCCUUGGGGAGUGGUGCAGGUGGAGAAUGAGAAUCACUGCGACUUCGUGAAGCUGCCUGAGAUGUUGAUUCGGGUGAACAUGGAGGACCUGCGGGAGCAGACCCACAGUCGGCACUACGAGCUCUACCGACGCUGCAAGUUGGAGGAGAUGGGCUUCCAGGACAGUGAUGGUGACAGCCAGCCCUUCAGCCUCCAAGAGACAUAUGAGGCCAAGAGGAAGGAGUUCCUGAGCGAGCUACAGAGGAAGGAGGAAGAGAUGAGACAGAUGUUCGUCAACAAAGUGAAGGAGACAGAGCUAGAGUUGAAGGAGAAGGAACGGGAGCUCCACGAGAAGUUCGAGCACCUGAAGCGAAUCCACCAGGAAGAGAAACGCAAGGUGGAGGAGAAGCGCAGGGAGCUGGAGGAGGAGACCAACGCCUUCAACUGCAGGAAGGCAGCCAUGGAGGCCCUGCAGGCUCAGGCCCUGCAUGUCACAUCACAUCAGCCCUUGAGGAAAGACAAGGACAAGAAGAAAUUUUGACCCUCAGCCCGGGACGCCACAAACUGAAGCGAGUUCCCUGCUUUGCUCAUCACAAAUGCCAAACUGACUGCCCUUUCCCAGUGUCCACCUUGCUGUCUUUUGUUUGUUUGAUUUGGUCUCCGUAUCUUUUAAUGUGUCUGUUUUUGUUUUGUUUGUUUUAUUUUUAUUUUUCAGUUAAAGCACGCACAGACUUACAUGUCAAGAGCGGACUUUAGACUUUCAUGUGUUAAGUUGCUUGAGUUACACCUUGUGACCCUUCUCCCAUAACAUGGUGUGAGGAUGGACUGGGAGCCGGUACAGACUCCAGUGUUUACAGCCUUGCCUUGUCCCCACCUGCUGGCCCCAGGCUACCUGGGCCUGGCCAGCUACCCCUCUCUAUGCAAACGUGUCAAAGCCAUGAAUGCUGGCAUCCAAAACUGACAAGGUUUAUUUUUUCCAGAGCCGGUGGCUGGUCUUCCAUUUACAGUGUCACUAUUCCUUGACGGAGCAGUUAUGGGCCGCUCUAGUGAUGGCCCCAGCCAGUGAUUCUAGGCCUAAUUGUUCAUCAUCAAGCCAGCGACUCAUGUGGUGCCUAGGCGUGGCCUGUGGUCUGGUGUAUACAUGCUGCAAAAUUCGCCUGUUUACCCUUCAUUUAAUUUUUCUAACCUAGAGCUUAAUUUCAAUAACUCUAAAACACUUCUAAAUUUUUAUUUUGGCACCAAUGUAAAGACAAAUAAUAUCUAUCUUUCCCAUUAUUUUCAUAAGUAACACAGAUUGCCUGAUUUUUUUUUUAAACUAAAAAGACCUCUAAACCUUCUUACAUAGAAAGCACCCCUAUGAUAUAUAGGGAGAGGUGGGAAAUAAAGUUCCUAUUCUGGCAGUGUUUGGGACUUCUUUACAGACUGAAGUGGACCCCCAACAAGACCACGCCCAGCCUUUUUACUGUGAAUGUAAAUGGAACAGCAGCCCAAAGCCCUUGUCUCUGCCCUAGAGGUGCUACAGGUGACAGGGACCAAGUGCAUGUGUGUUAAGUGUUUGACUCCAAAUAAGCUGCCUGCUCCCAAUCAAUGUGCUCAGUUGGGAGAAGGCUGUCAUGUCAAGGUCAUUGUUACUUUUUUCCUGGCUGAGGCAAGGAAAUAAAGGUGUCUGAAGUAUUAGGGCAAUUUGAGGUGGGGUAGGGGGGAGAAAAAAACAACAAAACCCAAAAGCCUAGCAGCUAAGAGCUUCCCCUCCAGCUGUAGUUUCCAGAUGGACGCUUAAAGUCACUUCCAUGUGUGAUGGUGCAGGUCUGUAAUGCCAGUGCUUGAGGUAGGAAGCCAGAGACUGACCUCAGUUACAUAGUGAGGUAGAGGCCAGCUUGGCUAACAUGAGAUCCUGUCUCAAAAAUAAAAUAAAAACAAGAAAAGUACUGACAAAAAUCCAUUCUGCUCUGCUCCUGAUGGUUUGCAAGCCUCAGGGUUGAAAAUGGGUGAAAACUAAUGUCCUCAGUGUUUGUAUAGCUCGAGACUGGACCCCGGGCUCCCCAGAAAGACUUCAUCCUGAGAAGCUGAUUACCCAGUGGGCCACUCAUUGAGAAACUGAGGGAACCACACUGAUUCAUGCGGGGUUCAAUUUUUUACACCCCCAUCUCUCUCCCACCACAUUUCCCCCUUUCUACCAGGCCUGCCUCUCUUCGUCCAGGACCAGUCUGGCUUCUUCUGAAUUUCUAAGAUGAUGGUUCAUUCAGAGUGAGCUGGAGGGGAAGGUUGUGAGUCCACUGAGGCUCAAUGCCCCUAAGACCUCUUGUACCUGUGAGAGGCCCCACACAGCAGGAGAAUAGUGUCUGCUGAUGCUCUGAGGAAAAUCCAUGUCCAGGGUGGAUCCUGGCUGCAAGGCUGGACUUAGCUAUUUACCAAGACUGUUUUAAGCAAAAGAAUAUAAAAUUCGGUUCAGGCCUUGGAAACCUUGUGAGCUUCAUAGCUCAUCUGCCUCUAGUCAUGGCAGAACUGAUGUUGGACUUUGGUGUCUGAGGCAGAGGUGAACUGCAGGCCAGUGGCUCCUCUUAGGGACACUGUAUAUCUGAGGGUGUAUUCACUUAGGUCCAAACCUGACCUUCGGAGCAGUCUCUUCUAGCCAAUAUAAUAUAGAGACUAGGAUGACCCAACAGGUCCACCGGUUGUAUAAAACAGGACUGUUGGCCCCAUGCUGGACACUCAGGAGCCUGCAAAUUCUACCAUUGUCUCCUACAGCUCACCAGCCACAACUUGGGCAUACUGGAAGGCUGCUUUGGUCAGUGCCCACCUUUUGGCCCAAAGCUUGCUAGCAUCCCUGGGGAGACUUGGCUUGCACUUUCUAGGGUCUAAGUUGCCCCCCAUGGAUCCUGUCAGCCAUGGCAAGCUUUUCUCCUGCUGUGUGGAAUUUAGUUAUCUGUAGCUGAGGUUAAAUUAAUCCUUCGUGUGCAAGAAAAACAAGAAACUUGCCCCUUUGGGGAUUCGACCCCCACGUAUAGCUUGGAUUUACUCCUCCUUCCCUGUCGUUUGUUGGCUUCAUAAGGACUGUCAUAGGAUCAUGUUGACAUUUGCUGUUAUGUUUCCCUUUAGUCAUUUUGUGUUGUGGUAGAAUCACCAUGUAAAUUAUGGUUCAAACCUGGACUUUUGAGAGAAAAAGAUUCUGUUAAUAAUCAUGCCAAAUCCCUAGGCCCUCAGGAGGCUGAGGCAGGAGAAUCAAAAGUUCAAAGCCAACCUGGGCCACUUAGCAAGACCCUGUAUUAAAUUUUUAAAAAAAUGCUGGGCAUGUGAUUUAUUGCUAGAGAAUUUGCCUAGCAUGACUGGGGACUGAAUUCUCUCCCCAGCACUAAGAAAAGAAACCCAAGUCAACAACCAUCAAGCAGAAGUAUUCCAGGCCAACCAAGAUGUGUGUUCUCCCUCAUACUGGGUGGCCUGAAUCCAGGUGUUUUGUGAUGGUGCACACUGACCCUGUAUAUGUAUGUGUGUGUGUGUGUGUGUGUGUGUGUGUGUGUGUGUGUGUGUGUGUGUGUGUGUGUGUGUGGACUCCCCUUGUUUAGGGCUCACACUGGGUAAGAGACCCAGGAAAGCCAGCUUGCUUGUCUGUUAUGUUACCAUGCAUUUCUAAAACCACUUCAGUUGUUAAUCCAUUUACUCCUCUAUCCAUUGACUUGUUUUUGUUCCUUUCCUUCCACUUUGUACUCAUUUGUUUUCAUUAAAUUUUGCAUUUAU